AUGUUCGCCGCGCGCCUCGCCCUCGUCCUCGCCGCGUCGUGCGCGUUCGUCGUCGCGCGAGCCGAGGAGCCGACGUUCGAGGCGCGGACGACGACGCGCCCGACGUCCGCGCGCGCCGGCGAAGACCUCCGCGUGGCCGCGCGCGUCGGGUUCUCGGACGCGUUCUCGUCCUCGCGCGGCGCGCGCCUCGCGCGCUGGUCCGACGCGUUCGACGCGUCGUACGCCACCGUGGAGCUGCACUACCGCGUCAUGUGGGACGACGAAACGCGCGUCGUCGCGAUGACGCGCGCGCCGUCGCCGUCGCCGUCGUCCGCGUCCGCGUCCGCGCCGUCGUUCGAGGGCGCGAUACCCGCGUCCAACCUUCCGACGCGCGGCGGCAUGGUGCGAUACUGGAUCGUCGCGCGCGGACUCGACGGCAUGUACGCGCGAAAGCCGUCGAGGCAGGGAGACCACUACGGCGCCGUCGUCGACGCGGAGGCGAUCGGCGGCGAGACGACGCUGCCGACGUUGUUCGUCUUCGCGAGCGACGUCGCGGGAAGCGAGCGGGACGACCCCGUGCCGUGUUCGGUCGCGUAUCACGAACCCGGGCGCGUCGUUCGCUUCUACGACGGCGGCGUCACGAUCCGCAGACGCGGGUCGGGACGGCGGGACAAGGCGAACAUGUUCGGGAAGGGCGGCUCCAAGGACUGGCCGAAGCGGAAGUUCAAGCUCGACUUUCGCGGGAAGGCGUUUCGCGCGCGGUGGGACGAAAACGUCCCCGACGUCGAGACGAAGGUGGAGGAGAUCAACCUCCACUCGUCGUUCGACGAGCCCGGGGGGACGACGAGUUACCUCAGAGAAACGCUCGCAGCCGCCGCGUUUAAGAGGUUCGGCGUAAAAGCUCCCGAGGCGAGGCACGUCGUCGUCCGACGCAACGGCGAAUUCUUCGGUCUCUACGUCAUGGUCGAGCAGCCGGACGAUUCGUUCCUCGCGCGCGCGGGUCUCGACCCGAGCGGAUCCAUGUUCAAGGCUGUGCACUGGAAGUACAGCAACUUGCGUCCUCUCGUCCAACACUCAUGGGUCCCGUGCGAGUUCGCCCCGGAGUGGGAGAGCGGCUGGGGGCCGUGCCCGGAGGUGUAUCGAUACGCCGCCGUCGCCAACCCGGACGAGACGCGCGCGGUGGGCGAACUGAAAGCCUUCAUAAACGACCUCGACGCCGUGAACCGCGGCGGCGACACGUCGCGACUGUGGGACGUGGUCGACGUGAACGCGGUCGUGAAAGAGAUGGCGGUGCAGACCGCGCUGCUGCAUCAAGACCGGUGCGCGAAGAACUAUUUCGUUCACCGAAACCCUUCGGACGGGAAGUGGAGACGUAUUCCGUGGGACAUGGAGGACGCGUUCGCGACGGACUACCGCGACCGCGACGGGCGGUGCGACGCGAACGGACGCGAGCCGUGCCGCGGCGAUAGCGGGACGUACUGCGUCAUGUCGUGCGAGUGGUGGAACAGCCCGUACUUCUGCGACGAGAACCACCCGCAAGACAUCUUCACCGAAUCCGACGGCCGCUCGACGUGGAACCACCUCGUGAACGCGGUCCUGAAGGACGGCGGCGCCAGGGACGCGUACGCGCGAGAGCUCCAGCGCGCGCUGACGACGCUGCAUCUCAGCGGAUAA